UUCUUGUUGCUGCCCGUACCGCCCGCCCGCAAAUCGUUAUCCGCUUUGGCUCGCUCUCGGCGGCGAAGGGAGAAGCGCCAGCCAGCAAUUACCCACCCCCCAUCCGAAAACAAUUGUAAAAACCAGUUUUGUUUGUCCAGAAAGUGUAGUGUAUUGUUUUUCGCCAGCCGUUUCUUCUCUUUUUUUUCAUUCCCAUUUUCUUGCCCCUCAAUGUAUGAUGCUUGAUGUAACCGAACGGUAAGGCACACGGCCGUGUUGUUCCGUUGGGUUGCGCGCGUAGCAAGUCGCUGUGUGUGUUGUGUGUGCGUUUGCGUGUGUGCGUGUGUGUGUGCUUUUGGCAGGAAAACCGAAAGAAAAUCCGGAGCCCCCCUCCGCCACGGGUAGCCACAAUCAAUCGCCCGCACCGUCCUCAAGCCGCUCCUGUUGCUCGUCCGGACCGCCACCUGCCCCAUCCGCCUGCCAGCGGCCUUUCCUGACGCGUGGAUAUUGGACGCUUCGGCAGCAGACCAAGAGAUAAGGGAGUAACACUCCAAGAAGGCACGCCGCACGAUGGGACACACGGUGCAGGUGGCAGUCGCCACCCUCAACCAGUGGGCGAUGGACUUUGAGGGGAACGUCGAGCGCAUCCUGCUAUCGAUCAGGCUGGCCGCCGCGAAUGGCGCCACCUACCGUACGGGGCCGGAACUGGAGGUUAGCGGGUACAGCUGCGAGGACCACUUCCACGAGCCGGACACGUACCUGCACUGCUGGGAGGCGCUGGUCGAGAUCAUACAGUCGCCCUGCUGCCCGCCCGGCAUGCUGAUCGACGUGGGCAUGCCGGUGCAGCACCGGAACGUUGCGUACAACUGUCGCGUCGCGUUCCACAACGGGCGCGUCGUGCUGAUCCGGCCGAAGAUGACGAUGUGCGACGAUGGCAACUAUCGCGAGACGCGCUGGUUCUCGCCGUGGACGAAGGAGCGCCAGACGGAGGAGUACCAGCUGCCGCGGUUCGCCGCGCAGGCGCUGGGACAGGAGACGGUACCGAUCGGCGAUGCGGUGAUCGCGACGCUCGACACCUGCCUCGGGUACGAGAUCUGCGAGGAGCUGUGGAACCCGCGCAGCAAGCACAUCGACAUGUCGCUCGCCGGCGUCGAGAUCAUCGUGAACGGCUCGGGCAGCUACAUGCAGCUGCGGAAGGCGCACAUCACGGCGGAUCUGAUACGGAACGCGAGCUACAAGGCGGGCGGCGCCUACCUGUUCAGCAACAUGCGCGGCUGCGACGGGCAGCGGGUGUACUUUAACGGCUGCUCGGCGAUCGCGCUGAACGGGUCGAUCAUUGCCCGCGGCCGGCAGUUCGCGCUGAGCGAGGUGGAGGUGACGGUGGGCUCGUUCGAUCUGCACGACAUCCGGGCGUACCGCGGGGCGCUGCGCUCCCGCAGCUCGGUCGCCGCCUCGGCCCCGGCCUACCCGCGCAUCCAGCUGCCGCUCGAGCUGGCCGCCUCGGACCGGGACCAUCCGGGGACGCCGGCGAGCAGCCCGCUCGGCGAGUGGGUGUACCACCGGCCGGAGGAGGAGAUUGCGCUCGGGCCGGCCUGCUGGCUGUGGGACUAUCUGCGCCGGUCCGGGCAGGGCGGCUUCUUUCUGCCGCUCAGCGGCGGCGUCGACUCGAGCAGCACCGCCAUCAUCGUGCACUCGAUGUGCCGGCUGGUGGUGGAAGCGAUCGGGCAGGGCGACCGGCAGGUGCGGGACGACUGCCGCAAGAUACUGGCCGAUCCGGAGUACGUGCCGGCGAGCGCGGCCGAGCUGUGCGGCCGGCUGCUCUUCACCUGCUACAUGGGCACGGAGAACUCGAGCCGCGAGACGCGCCAGCGGGCGGCCGCGCUGGCGGCGCAGAUCGGCAGCUCCCACCAGGACAUUGGCAUCGACGGGGCGGUCAGCGCGCUGCUCGGCAUCUUCCAGCUGGCGACGGGCAUGCGGCCCCGCUUCCGGGCGGCCGGCGGCUGCCCCCGCCAGAACCUGGCCCUGCAGAACAUCCAGGCCCGGACGCGCAUGGUGCUGGCGUACCUGUUCGCGCAGCUGAUGCUGUGGGUGAGACAGCGGCCGGGCGGUCUGCUCGUGCUCGGGUCGGCCAACGUGGACGAGGCGCUGCGGGGGUACAUGACCAAGUACGAUUGCUCGUCGGCGGACGUCAACCCGAUCGGCGGCAUCUCCAAGAUGGAUCUGCGCCGCUUCCUCGCCUACGCGCAGGUCGAGUACGGGCUGCCGAUCGUGGCGGAGAUAGUGGCGGCCCCGCCGACCGCCGAGCUGGAGCCGCUGGUCGACGGUGCGAUCGCCCAGACGGACGAGGAGGACAUGGGGCUGACCUACCAGGAGCUGAGCGAGUUCGGCCGGCUGCGCAAGCAAGCGUUCUGCGGCCCGUUCAGCAUGUUCUGCAAGCUGGCGGCGGCGGCCGUUGCCGACGGCAACCGCAACCCGCGGGAGGUGGCCGACCGGGUGAAGCACUUCUUCCGCUGCUACGCGAUCAACCGGCACAAGAUGACGGUGCUGACGCCGUCGUACCACGCGGAGUCGUACAGCCCGGACGACAACCGGUUCGAUCACCGGCCGUUCCUGUACCGGGCGAACUGGACCUGGCAGUUCCGGGCGAUCGAUGCCGAACUGGAGCUGCUCGCCAAGCACCAGGCCCGGCUGGAGGAGGAGCGGGCGAAGGACGGCGCGGCGGCGGGCGGAGCAGUGGCGCCCAACGGGGCAGGGAGCAGCAGCAGCGAGCCAGCGUUCUUCUCCGCCGGUGGCAAUGGGGGGAACAAUGGUGGCGGUGGCCACAUGACCACGGCGACGAGCGCGUACCAGCUCGUGCGGCAAUCCAGUGGCCUCUAUCUGGCCGGUGUUGGUGGUGGUGGUGGUGGUGGUGGCGGUGGGGUCGGCACGGGCGGUGCCGACGGUCCCGGCCAGCUCACCGUCGGUCUGACCAAGUCGCACAGCAGCGGCGGCUACAGCCGGAUGCAUUCCAGCGUGCUGGGCAAGAUCAAGGACCGUACCGGUGUGCCUGUGUAAAAAGGGAAGGGAGGCGAGAAGGAGGAGGAAAUGCUGCUACACCCACGCCAAAUCACAUCCAACCGACAGAACAAACGCCGCCCCCUUCCAUCUCUUACCAAGGGUGCCUCUCCAGUGUAACAAUAAUGACGACGAGCGCGGGUGUGCGAUGGGGCGAGGGGCGCUAUUUUAUUCUGCAUUAGAUGCUAACGCGUGUAGUUCCUAUUGGUGGAUUGAGGUAAUAGAACAUAAUACAUUUAAAAAACAUACACACACACAGUGUGGUCAAAGUAGAGAAGCGCGCGCGCACCUUCUUAGCUGUAGUGUGGAGUUGUCUCGUCCGGGUUGCCUUCAAGUCCGGUGCUAGUGAGAUAGAGAAAGAGCGAGAGAAAGCAAGAAAAAGAGAGAGAGAGAGAGAGAGAGAGAGAGAUCUCACGGGGACACUAAGAGAGAACGAGUGAAAACGAGUGAGAUAGGAGAACGCACACAUAUCCUUAAGGAGGUUAUGUGGAAAGCAGGAAAGGAAGAAGAAACACACACACACACACACACACACACACACACACACACACACACACACACACACACACACACACACACACACACACACACACACACACACAGAUGAAGUCCAUCCGGAGCGCUCUACUACUAAGCAAACCAGUUUUCCAGAGCACUGGCGUAGUUUGCGCUUUUCGAGACGGAAAGAUUCUUAUCGAACAGUAACCCAAUACACACACACAUGCAGAAAAGGAAAGCAUAAUAACGGCAUUAGUUUGGUGUGCGGUAGAGCAUUAGCCACCACUUCCAGCCGCCCUGAAAAGGGAACGGACGUGUUCGUCACAGUAGCUCGUCGCCACAUUCGCGUUGUUUCGUCGAAACCUCACCGCGCCUAGCUCUUACGCAGUAGGUGCCAAAGCAGCAAUUUGCCUGGCAGAUAGUACACAGCUAGCUUACUUUUAAAUAACGCGUGCUCAACACUAAACCCAAAACCAAAACAAACAUUCACCUUACGCAUUAGCGCUAGAUCGGCACCUCCUGUGCGCCUGUUCGUAGGCAAUCCGCGCUGUGUGCGCUUGCCGCACGGCAGGCGUUUGCAAGCACCGGCCCGAAGCAAACACGGAGCGCGGAGUGCGCGUUGCAUACGCUGCAGGCGCUCCCAGCAAAGCGGGACCUAGUGGCACGUGUUGCUGUUGUUUUUAUCUUUUUUUUUUUGUUUAUAAUUUUUAUAUCGAGACGAUAGGUUAAGUACGCACGCACGGGAAUUGUCGGGAGCUGUUUAUUCGAAAACCGGCGCUGUGGUGUAGUAGCUCAGGUAGUGGUACCGUGCAACCGCGAACCAAGCGUUCCGAGACAGAGAGGGAAAGCACGACAAAAAAAAUAAAAAAAUAAAUAAAAAUAAAACCUCAUACUCCUCAAGUACGGCAAGUUACACGUAGCGUCUUCUGGUUUAGCGAUAGGUAGUAGUAGUAGUGAUAGUAGCAGUGUGGUAGUGUGCAGUUGGUCCCGAAAUCGCUCACGAGAGCGCACACCGACACACACACCCACACGGGCCAGGCUCGCUGCCAUUCCCUCUCCGCACACCCGAACGCGACCCGGGCAUGGUGCGUGAGGUUGGUGGGCGGUCGUUGCGUUUUUGUUUCCCCCCCCCCCCCCCCCCAUCCCAUCGUUCCGCUUUUUCGCGGAUGGGGGGAACACGGCGGGUUUUUUUUUGUGUUGUUCUAUCGUGUUAGAUAAUGGUCUUUUUAAAACGGAAAACGAGGGAUGAAAAACUAGGGAAUUGAAGGGGAGGGGGCGGGAGGAGAUUUAAAGUUACUAACACACUAACCGCGCACCGUUUGCAUACAAAAAGAAAACUUCUUAUUCAAACCGUUAGAACGGCGGGUGGCGGGGAAGAACGCGACAAAUAAAUAAUACGAGAAGAAAAAGAGAGAGAGAGAGAGAGAGGAGGAGAGUGAAAAAAAAAAUCGAACGAGAAAGUAAAUACAUCUUCACAACUUACGGGAACAAAUCAUAAUUCUAAGGUCGUUUGAAGAAAACAAUCGGAAAAGGCGUAGCGGUAAUUUUACUGUAUGAACCAACAAAAAAAAUUAAAUAGAUAAACCACGCGAAACACUUUAAACGGAACGUUAGUGCGUUUACGAAAUGCACUUAAAACAAAGCGCACGCAACCACCUGUCACAGCUCUCACACACACACUCGGCAUUAGAGAGACGUUUAAAAUGAACGCUGUUGUAGAAUAAGCGAACGUAAAUGAACAGUAAAAAAAAAAAAGUUCUAGAUACACAAAAACCGCGCUAAGCACAUCCCACACACACACACACACUCUCUUUUUGGCUUUAUAUAUAAUUCUACUAAUAGUUACGGUGUGUGUGUGUCUUGUUGUUACGGAUGCGACGUUUCGCUCCCUGGCCCAGUACAACACGCGAACCCUCACACACACACUCUAUCACACGAAGUCAGUCAUCAAAUCGUAGUAGUUUAAAAUGCAAUUUUACUAACGAAGACAAAAAUAAAGAAACAAAACGAAACACACGGAAACACUCCCCCUGCAAACCGUA